AUGUCGCAGCGAUCGGUGCCGGCGCCGUUUUUGACCAAGACGUAUCAGAUGGUGGAUGAUUUUGCGACGAAGGAUGUGAUAUCAUGGAAUGAAAGUGGCGAAAGUUUUGUUGUGUGGAAACAUGCGGAUUUUGCAAGGGAUUUGCUUCCUAAGUAUUUUAAACACAAUAAUUUCUCAAGCUUUGUUCGCCAGCUCAACACAUAUGGAUUCCGAAAAGUUGUAGCAGACAAAUGGGAAUUCGCAAACGAAAAUUUCAGGCGAGGCAACAAAGAUCUCCUCACCGAAAUCAAACGCCGCAAAACCGUAUCGCAACCGUCGUCACAGCCUCCAGAAACCGAAAAAACCAACGCCAACGGCAACAACUCUCCUUCAAACUCCGACGAAAUCAACGGAGUCGGAUCCACCUCCACAGUCCGAUCAACCUCUUCCUCCAACUCAAAGAACCCCGGAUCAGUAGAAACAACACCUCCACAGUGCGUCAAUUUAUCGUCCGAGAACGAGAAACUGAAAAAGGAAAACGAGAUAUUGAGUUGGGAGUUAGCACGUGCGAAGCACAAGUGCGAUGAGUUGGUGGCUUUUCUAAAAGACCGUUUAAAUGUGGGACCCGAUCAGAUCGAUCGCAUUAUGAAAGAAAGAAACUUUGAACCGGUUCAAAAUGCGGUUGGUGAAGGUGAAGAAAAUGGAAGAGAAAGUUUGAAACUGUUUGGUGUUUGGUUGAAAGAAGAAAACUAUACAGAGAAAAGAAAGAGAAAUUGUGAAGAACAAUUCGACUUUGGUGGGCCCAGGGCUAAAGUGACUAACAAUGUUGUUGACUUUGGUCCUGUCAAUGUUGUGAACAUGAUGAAAAGUGGCAAGAUUGCCACCUUUUACAAAUAG